ACUUACGCCUCGAUAUAUUUCAACAGCGCAGCUCAACCGACUACCUAAAAGACAUUCGAAAACCUGAGAAUCAAAACUUCAUUCAGCUGUAUCCGUUACAACAUCCGGACGAAAAUAAGUUGCCGAAGACAACGCGAUAGAAAGAACAGACAUCAUAGAGAUGGCAAAUACCAACCCCUCGCAAGCAUCCGACUGGAAAUCAACACUCAACCCACCACCCCGCGACACACGGCCUCAGACGUCAGAUGUAUUAGGCACCUCGCUCAACAUUGACUUUGAAGACAUGGGUUUACCUAGGGCUCUGCUCAUGGGUAUUUUCGAAGCCGGCUUCGAACGGCCUUCACCAAUCCAAGAGGCUGCCAUUCCUACCGCCCUUAGUGGCCGGGACAUUCUCGCUCGCGCAAAGAACGGCACGGGAAAAACUGCUGCAUUCAUUAUUCCUCUCUUAUCCAAAAUCAACGUAUCGAAACCAUACAUCCAAGGCAUUGUCCUCGUCCCAACUCGUGAACUUGCGCUGCAGAUUGCCAGCGUGACGAAAAUGCUUUCGAAGCAUAUGGGUGUCGAAGUCAUGGUCACGACUGGCGGAACGACCCUGAAAGACGAUAUUUUGCGAUUACAACAGCCUGUGCAUGUACUUGUUGGUACACCAGGCCGUAUAUUGGAUUUGGCUGGCAAGGGUGUAGCGGAUCUAGGGAAAGGCUGCAGAGUGUUUAUUAUGGACGAAGCCGACAAGUUGUUGAGUCCAGAGUUCGGACCAGUAAUGGAGAGUUUGUUGGGAUAUCUUCCAAAAUCAAAGGAGGGAGCAGAAGCGGAAGGAUCGGGGAGGCAGGUCAUGCUUUUUAGUGCUACCUUUCCGAUGAUUGUGAAGGACUUCAAGGACAAACACAUGCAAAACCCGUACGAAAUCAACCUUAUGGAUGAGCUUACUCUGAAAGGUGUCACUCAAUACUACGCCUACGUCGAAGAAAGACAAAAGGUUCAUUGUUUGAAUACACUCUUCAGCAAGCUUCAAAUUAACCAAUCCAUCAUCUUCUGCAACUCCACAAACCGUGUCGAACUACUUGCGAAAAAGAUUACAGAGUUAGGAUACUCUUGUUUCUACAGUCAUGCAAAGAUGCUCCAAUCUCACCGUAACCGUGUCUUUCACGAUUUUCGUUCAGGCACUUGCAGAAAUCUUGUCUGCAGUGAUCUUUUGACUAGGGGUAUCGACAUUCAGGCUGUGAACGUCGUCAUUAACUUCGAUUUUCCGAAAAACUCAGAGACGUAUUUACAUAGGAUCGGUCGUUCCGGACGUUUUGGCCACCUCGGACUCGCCAUCAACCUAGUCACAUACGAAGACCGCUUCAACCUCGACCGCAUCGAACGCGAGCUCAGCACGGAGAUAGGGCCUAUACCCCGAGAGGUUGAUAGAGGGCUAUAUGUUUCUCUCAGUAGCACUGAGGAAGAGCAAGCGAUCCAAGUACGGCGGGAGAAAGAGCAGAAGGAGGCUGCUUUAAGGCAACAGCAACAACAGGGACAACAACAACAACAGUCACAGCCACGCGAUCAACGAGAGCAGCUGCAACAACUCCAGCAACAAGCUGUUCUCCGAGAGCAGGCGCAGAGGGCGUUGCAAUUGCAACAACAACAGCAAAUGAUGGCCUUGAAUGGAGGAAGGAGAUGAAUUAGACAAUAACUGUCACCAUCAACUCCUCCAACCGAAGCAUCCUACUCUGCGUCUUUUUCCCCCAAAGCCUUAUACCGCCAUUCACCGCCCGUUAUCUGAAUCAUCAUUUCUGCCUUCCCUCUCUCUCUUCUGGCUGAUUUCGCGGGUACAAUACCGCUCACGCCGUUUACUUGCUUAUCUAUUUGUCUCUUUUCUUCAAAGCUCGCAUUACAAAGCUCUACUGUAUCGUAUCGUCUAUCACACCGUUACUCGUCGUCACUUACUCGUUACUCACCCGUUAUCACCGACGUUACAAUUCUUACGCGAUCCAGCCAGAUCCAACUCUAACCAAUUAUCCUCAUCCAUCGCGGCUAAUGCCUCACUCUCCCUCCAUUCACCUUUAAAUCCUGUAUC